AUGACGAGUGCAACCUGCCACGGCAUUCAGGAUUUCCCAGUUACAUGUUCCAACAGUGCAAUCAGCUCAAUCGAGCGUGCUGCGAUAAAUCUGUCCCGUGACGCUAUACGGUAUGUGCUAGAGAAGGGUGACAGUUGUUUUACUGAAUAUAUUGGUCGAAAUGGUGGUCAUCAGGAUAUCAUCAUCGGAAGCGAAUGUGCAGAGGAAUAUGUGGUGGCGCACGAAACCGGACAUGCACUCGGAUUCUGGCAUACACAUCAACGACCCGACAGGGAUCGUCAUAUCUCCAUCAAUUGGAAAAAAUGUCAUGGAAGAAGCUACCGCGUCUUUAUUGCCCUUUCGAGCCUGCUCCAGCGUUUCGGAUCGUAG